CCUCGCGGUUCAGUCUCGUGUCCUCUUCCGGCUUCCGUAGACAUUCCUUUACUGUCAGUUAGUGUGUGGUGACAGAUACCCAUCGGUGAGCCAACAAUCCAGCUGCAAUUGUAAACUAUGGAAGAGAUUAAUACCAUUGAAGUCACUCCGUGCACAGAGUCCGAUUACCUGAAGCCGUUCAGGGUGCACUAUAACCAGAAUGGCACAAAGAAAUCCUGGGACUUCAUGCGAACCCAUGAUAGUGUGUCAGUGCUGAUCUUCAACACCAGCUCACACUGUUUUGUCCUCGUCAAGCAGUUCCGCCCAGCUGUAUUCAUGUCUGAGUGGGAAAGGGCCAAGACGCAGCCGCCUCAGCCGGAUGAAAAAACCGAGGAGGGCGAAUCCGAAGCCGCCGCCGCUGCCGCCGCCGCCGCCGCCCCCCCUGCCCCCGAGCCUCAGGAGGGCCAGUCGGCCUCAGAGGGGGAGAGCUCUUCUCAAUGGCCCCCGGCCUCAGCGGGGGUCACCUACGAGCUGUGCGCCGGGCUGGUGGACAAACCCGACCUGUCUCUGGAGGAGAUCGCCCGGCAGGAGGUGCUGGAGGAGUGUGGCUACGACGUGCCAGCCUCUAAGCUGAAGAGGAUUACUUCUUACAGGUCAGGCGUGGGCGUAACGGGGGCCAAGCAGACUAUGUUUUACGCCGAAGUGUGCGAUGACAACUGCGUGAGCGCAGGCGGAGGUGAGCCACGGGAGGGGGAGCUUAUCGAGGUGGUCAAAGUCCCGCUGCACGAGGCCAUGACGUUCGCCUACGACGAGCGUGUGCCCAAAACCAUGGGCGUCAUUUUUAGUUUCAUCUGGUUCCAUAAUAACAUGUCUCCCAAGUACAAGAUCUCCACCAAUGUGUAACUAGUAUCAAGCAACCAUCUUUAUACCGUUUAUUCCAAAUGAAAUCACUGGCCCGGCACAUCCACUCUUCCCCUCAUGGCUCUUCAUCCUGUAUUGCCUUUUUGCUUAUUGGUACUUGAUGAAAGGUGGGCCCCUCGUCUUGUUGCCAACAGGUAUCUUUUUCAUUUUCGUCCUGUUAUCAUUUUUGACUUUCAUGGGGUCUUAAUAUUUUCCCCAAGAACAAAUUUGCCAUAGCUGGUUGUCACUGGCACGUUUACGUCUUGACGAUUUGUUUUUGUAGUUUUUUUCAUUUUUUAUUGUGCCAUCUGUUUAUAAAUGGCUGCAUAUCACUGAUUUAAUUUGCCUGCCCUUGAUUAAAGGAACGCUCCACUGCUUUUAGUGCAGGUUCAGGAAUGUUCCAUUUCUAGAAGCAAACAAGCCUUUAAAUACAUCUGAUAUUGGCGCAGAAAAGUCAAAUAAACAAACGCGUCAAACAUGCUUUCAAGCAUUCCUACGACUCCCAGCAUUCAGUGGAAACUCAGCGAUGCCAUGUCAGCCAUGCUCUGCUAACAUUUAGCAUGCACAUAUUCUUAUUGGAGUUCAUGCAAACAGUUCCACUUUCCUGACAAAGUGUGCAGGAGGAACUGUGCGUAUUAAUAAGGAAGUACACAUCCUGUGAGCAACAGCUGCUUUUUAUACUGGUCAUAAACCAUGACAUAAACCAUCAAAGAUGCUGAGACGGUAACAAAGCAAAACCAAACCAGUGGAGUAUUCCUCUAAUCCAUCAUCCAGUAAUGCAAAAACGAUGCUAGUCAGUGGUGGGGCCUUGUAACGACUGAGGCGUUGGGUGUGUUUUAACCACCACUUGUUCAUGCAUGCCUCAAUAGUUUUUCUCUGAUCCACAGCCUUUAAGCAAUACUUAUGACAGUACCCUGGGCUAAACAAUCACACAGUGUCAAUCGUCGUUAGGUCAAACCACUGCACGUAUUGGCAGAUUUUUUUUUUUAUUCUCCAAGCCACGUGGGAAAAUGGGAUUUAGGUAUUGUUUCACUUCACCUACCUGCCCCUGCACCGAUGGUCUCGCCUCAGUUUCAAGUGUUGUUGUUUUUCGAAGCAAAAACCUGCAAUGGGUUACCGAUAUUUGGGUUGUGACAUGUCCGCGAAUAGCGAUCAUUUUUUAUCAUCUUCAUUACAAUCAAAGGGAUUUCUUUUACACGCGCCAUGUCAAGGUUACAUUUUGAACACAUUAAUGCAUUAAGGACUUAAACCCAUAGAUAUGAUUGGUCGGAAUUCAUUUUUUUAGAGGCUCCGCGUUGUAAAUCUGGGGAUGGUCACUGGCACACAAACCGUGUCUCACAAAGUCAAUCUCAACCGCAGUUUGCCAAAAUCUCAGGUCCAAAUAGUCAAACGUUUGGUCGUAUUCAGGGUGAAUCUCUGGAUGUGAUGAUCAAAUCCUUUUCGGAGCUCAAAGGAAACACCACAAUUCUCACUAUGUUAUUACUCUUCUUCAUUCUAAAAGGGCUGGUACUUCAUUUCUCAAUCAAUAUGUGAAAAGGAAGCAAUUCCCCCACCUUGUAGUUUUCUUAAAAAUAUGCAAGUUCUGAAUCAAAGACGAUUUUUAGAGAAUUGCCGCUCGCGCAUCACACACCUCAUUAUUUAAACAUUAUUACUGUCUGACAGAGAGCGACUCUUCUUGGUGCACCUCCAGAGUUUGAAAAGUUGGGAAAAUAUGUUUGACAAAAUGAAUGCUUGAUUGUAGUUCAUUGUUAAUAUCACCUUGAAUAUAUAGAAGGUCAAAUUCCCUAAACCUGCUAUUUCAAACAAAAGCAACCAUAACACAACUUCCCGGUGAUGUAUUUGUCUCAACUCUGGUGAAUGAAACGAUAUUUCAGGUAAAGGAUUUAUUUUUGUUCCUCUGUGUUUUUUUUUUUUUUUUAAUCCUGAGGAACAACUGACAAUCAAAUGUGAGCAUUUGUCUUCUGUUACCCAUAAAACAUUGUGUUUUGGUAUUUUUUUUUUUUUCUUAUUUAUUACUGGUGUGUGUCCUUAAUGAGUCUCCCGGGGGUUAGAAGGGAGCUGUGCAUCAGUAUUGGGCAUCUCAACGCGACAAUCCGCCGUGGCUGGAGCUCUUAAUUAAUUGAUUUAAUGGGCACAAACAGUGAGGAGAGCUUGUAUCAACCAACCACUAAACGUGUUUUUCAUAAUUCCAUCAAAUCUUGUGUCCACCCAGACUGUAUAGGUGUGUAUAUAUAUAUAUAUAUAUGCAGAACCCUUAAGCCAUAUUUAUCUCCCCCCUGAUCAUCAAAGCUCCGUUACCUUUGUGUCCAUCAAAGAUCAUUUCUUGAUGUACGAUUGUAUAGUUUGCUGGAACUGCUUGAAAAGAUUUCAUUUUGUUGAUUUUUUUUCUUUGGACAAGAAAAGAUGACUAAUACGUUUAAUUGAUUCAUAUUCUCUCAAAUUAACACCCAAACCUGAUGUCUUUCACUAAAUCAGAUUUUCUCUUUUGAUAUCGGUCGUGAAUUUGGAUGCAAAAAUUUCUAAUGCAUACAAACUCAAAAAGGUGGAUUGCACCUUUGGAUACCCAUGAAGUGACCAAUGCAUAACGUGUAGGCAACAAAAAGUAAAAAAAAGGACGUAGACACUAGCCGUGUUUCCAUUUAAAUAUCUUUUACGCAUAUUUGAAAAAUUACAGUAGAAAAGCUGUACGGAAAACUGCUGAAAUAACUUUUUAACUUGUUUUUUUUCUGCCGACCUGUGUUUUCAACGAACAACCUGACCAACAGCAGCCUGCAUGAAAGAACAAAUCCAGCUUUUCCGACUGAAUCAAUCUCCCGAAGGGCUCUCUCUCCAUUUUUCUCUCGUGUAUGGCUGUACGUCCUUUUUCGUCUCCACUGCUUUUAUUGUCUUUGUCUUUUGAUUUAAAGCCAUGUGCAGUCUGUAGCACCAGCUUCUGUAGACGAGAACAUCCGCUAAAAAAAAACAUGGAAACAUGCAGCGUUCCCAUUUUUUCAUUCCCAUUUCAAAAGUUGAAAAAAAAUCAACUUGUCACCUGAAUGGAAACAUGGCUACUGUAACACAAACAGGGUUUUUAAACAAUAUUUUCUUAACCACAGUUUGACGUCUUGAUAACCAGCCACCAUACCAUCAUUAAAUUGUUCUUUUUUUUUUUUUUUUAAAUCUUUCUAUAGUCUUCGGUUAAAUCUUAGGUCUUAGUGCUCCCAAAGGUGCUCAGUUAUCCAUCGUUUGGUUUUGAUAAACCCGGCGUGGCAAAUAAUGAAGAUAGUGGUCACUCUUUGCCUCCCACGUUUUAAACGGGUUUUGCCGCAAUCACCCUCAAACGGAGUUUUUUCUCUCUGUGUAUUUAGAAAAUGUCUGUCUGCUGUAAUUAGACCAACCGCUUCUGAUUUGGCUUGAUUUGAAAGAAAAAGAGCCAUUUCAACUUUUAAGGCCAGUCUGUAACUUUUAUG